UGCAAAUGUAUGUAAUUUCAAUAAGCCAAUACGACUAAUUUAAUUCAACCAAGUCUAAUUCGAGCUAAAACAUACGCUUAAAAGUUUUAAUUCAUGGAAACUUGCAUGAGUGUUUGAAUAAAUUAUGGCAUAAAGUAUACUUUCAAAAUUUUUACGAGGACAUUUCAAGAUUUUUUACGGCCUAAGAAAAGUUUGAGUAUGCCUACAGUGCAGACGGAUUUGCCAGAUGAUGAGGAUGAUGAAAAAACACCUUUAAAUGAUUGCAGUGGGCAAGAUGUGAAAAAUUGGGAUGUUUUUGUUGUUACUCAACCAAAAGAUGAAGAUGAAACUGUAAUAUCCAAAGCUGUUGACAUCACUUUGAAAGCUUUCAAACUUUUGAUUUACUUGUUGACCUUUUGUGUAGUCCUUGGCUCUGCAGUUAUUUCAAAAGGAACGCUUUUGUUUAUGACAUCGAAUAUAAAAGGAAACAAAAAUCCACAAGUCUGUAAAAGAGGAUUAGGACUGGAUAGAGACAAAGAUUACGAAGUAUUUUUACCGGAGUUUGAAAGAAUUCCUUGGAUUUGGAGUCUUUUUCUUGCCUUGAUUGUGCCAGAACUGUUUGCACUUUUUCGAAGUACAAGAAUAUGUGUUUUCAAGUCAUACAAAAAACCAAAACUUUUUACCUUUAUUUCUUUAUUUAUUGGAGAGACGCUUUACGCAGUUGGGCUUUCAUUAUUAGUAUUUAUAGUGUUACCAGAUCUCGAUGUCAUCAAAGCAGCCAUGUUGACGAACUGUGUUUGUUUUAUUCCAUCUGUACUUGGACUUCUAUCCAGGCAUUCUGGCGAAGCCAAGAGACCUGUAAAAGUAAUUUUUGAUAUAUUAGCAAUACUAAUUCAAGGAACUAGUUUCGUUUUAUGGCCAAUGACUGAAAAAACUCCCAGAGCUUGGUUGAUACCUAUAUCAGUAACUUUAGUAUCUGCUCGAUGGUGGGAAAACUAUGUGGAUAAAAACUCCCCUUUUUCUUUUCUACGCAAGCUGAGCUCAAUAAAGGAGGAUUUAAGAAAAAGUCGUUAUUUUAUUUCUAUAUUUCUUUCCUUAUGGAAAAUGAUAGUCAUUUUUUGUGCCAUGUUUGGAUUUUUACAUCUAACUAUGGAUGAUGCUACCUUCAUCUUUAGAGGAUUUACUGCCAGUUUUAGAAGUCAUCCCAUAAUGGUUCAACAAUUGCGCCUUCCAUUACAAGUUUUAUCUGAUAUUCCUACAGCCAGUCCCCUGGAUGAACAAGUUUUUUUAAUGUCCUCUGCUCUAACACCAAUUUAUGUUGCUCUCAUACAAGUAGCAGCCUCUCUUAUGUGUUAUGUAUUUGGAAAAUUUGCCUGUAAGAUUUGCAUUCAGGGAUUUAGUUUUGCUUUUCCAAUUAACUUAACUAUACCUGUCUGCAUAUCUAUGUUAAUAGCUUCAUGUGGAGUUCGGACGGAGGAUGUGUGUUUUUUUGAGGCUGUUUUACCUAAAUAUUUAUUUUGGACUUGCCCGCAAGGCAAUUUCUUUCAAGACUUUGUAUCCAGCCAAUAUGCUUGGAUAUGGCUUCUCUGGUUGCUUUCUCAAAUAUGGAUUACUGUGCAUAUAUGGACACCAAAAUGUGAGCGUCUUGCCAGCACUGAGAAGUUAUUUGUAAAUCCAAUGUAUUGCGGAGCGUUAAUUGACCAAUCAGUUGCCUUAAAUCGGAGAAGAGACGAUGAAGGAGAAAUUAAGAGUGAGGAGCUGGAUUUAGAAGGUAACAACGAAGAAAACGAUAUAUCUCAAUAUUACGAAACCAUUUCAAUUCAAACUGAAACAUCUAGUGAUCCUGCAGGUAAAAAUGUUCGAAACUCUGAUCAUAUUACUAGGAUUUACGCAUGUGCAACGAUGUGGCAUGAAACAACUGAAGAAAUGUUGCAAAUGUUAAAAUCAGUGUUAAGAAUGGAUGAAGAUCAAUGUGCUAGAAGAAAUGCCCAAAAGUACCUCAGAAUUGUGGAUCCAGAUUACUAUGAAUUUGAAGUUCACAUAUUUUUUGAUGAUGCAUAUGAAUUAUGCGAUGAUGAUGAUGAAGAAAUGGUUGUAAAUAGAUUUGUAAAGCAAUUGAUUCAGGUUAUGGAUACAGCUGCGAGUAAUGUCCAUCAAUGUAAUAUUCGUUUGAAGCCUCCGAAAAAAAUUCCAACACCUUAUGGCGGUCGAUUACAAUGGAUAAUGCCUGGAAGAAAUAAGCUUAUUGCUCAUUUAAAAGAUAAAGGAAAAAUCCGUCAUCGAAAGAGAUGGAGUCAGGUUAUGUAUAUGUAUUAUUUACUGGGUCAUCGACUAAUAGAGCUGCCUAUAGAUGUAAACAGAAAAGCGACCAUGGCAGAAAAUACUUUUGUUCUAGCACUAGAUGGUGAUAUUAAUUUCAGACCACAUGCUGUCCAACUGUUAGUGGAUCUUAUGAAAAAGAACAGAAACUUAGGUGCAGCAUGUGGACGAAUCCAUCCUGUUGGUUCAGGUCCCAUGGUCUGGUAUCAGAAAUUUGAAUACGCUAUUGGUCAUUGGCUGCAAAAAGCAACGGAGCACAUGAUAGGCUGUGUACUUUGUAGUCCAGGAUGUUUCUCGUUAUUCAGAGCCAAAGCUUUGAUGGAUGACAACGUUAUGAGGAAAUAUACAACAAGAUCGGAUGAAGCGCGACAUUAUGUACAAUAUGAUCAAGGUGAAGAUCGUUGGUUGUGUACUUUAUUGCUACAACGGGGAUACAGAGUUGAAUACAGUGCAGCAUCAGAUGCCUAUACUCAUUGCCCAGAAGGAUUUGGAGAAUUUUAUACCCAGCGGCGGCGAUGGGCUCCAUCCACAAUGGCUAAUAUAAUGGAUCUAUUAUCCGAUUAUAAAGCUACGGUUGCAGUUAACGACAAUAUAUCUUUGCCUUAUGUUGUAUAUCAAGGCAUGUUAAUGACUGGAACUGUCCUCGGUCCUGGUACAAUUUUUCUUAUGUUGGUGGGGGCAAUGGUCGCCGCUUUUAAAAUAUCCAAUUGGAAUUCUUUCACUUAUAAUAUCAUACCUAUACUCUUAUUUAUGGCAGUAUGUUUCAUUUUCAAGAAUGAUAUUCAGAUAAUGGUUGCUCAAGUAAUGAGUGCUGCUUAUGCUUUAUUGAUGAUGGCUGUAUUAGUUGGUACAUCGAUUCAACUUACUGAAGAUGGUCUUGGUUCACCAUCCUCAAUAUUUUUAAUAGCAUUAUCGGGUAGUUUCUUUAUAGCAGCCUUACUUCAUCCACAGGAGUUUUGGUGCGUUUUUCCGGGCUUGCUUUAUUUCCUCAGUAUUCCAUCUAUGUAUCUAUUGCUUAUAAUUUAUUCCCUUGUGAACUUGAAUGUGGUAACAUGGGGAACAAGAGAAGUACAAACAAAGAAAACUAAGAAAGAAGUCGAAGAAGAGAGGAAAGAGCAAGAGGAACUUCUUAAAAAGAAAAAAAAUACCGAUCUUCUCUCUUUUCUUGGUAUCGGAAGUAAAGACAACGAAGAGGGUAGUAUAACGCUUAGUUUGGCAAACUUAUUUACUUGUAUGCUUUGCACAUAUCCAAAAUCGAAUGAAGACAAGCUUCAUCUAGUGAAAAUCGGAGAUCAACUAGAACAAAUGAAUAAAAAAGUUACUAACCUAGAAAGGCAGUUGGAAUUGUCACAUGUAAUACCUUUCAAGAGUAGGAGGACAUCUGUAGUUGGAAGAGGGUCUGUACGAGCUCCAUCUGAAGCUGGAUUAUCUGUUGUAAAUGAAAACGAGGAUGAGGAAGCUGAAUUUGAAUCAGACUCGGACUUAUAUUCUAAUGAAGGAUUAGAACCUAAGCAAGAGCGAGAUGAUCUGAUUAAUCCAUACUGGAUAGAAGAUAAAGAAUUAAAACGUGGAGAAGUUGAAUACUUAGCAGCCUCCGAAAUCCAAUUCUGGAAAGAUCUUAUUGAUAAAUAUUUAUAUCCUAUUGAACAAAAUAAAGAACAUCAAGCUCGCGUAGCUUCAGAGCUCAAGGAACUACGGAACAAAGUUGUAUUUGCUUUUUUCAUGUUCAAUGCUCUUUUUAUUUUAAUAGUAUUCUUACUCCAGUUAAACAAAGAUCAAUUACAUUUGGACUGGCCUCUUGGAGUUAAAACCAACAUUACCUAUAAUCCUGAAACUAGUGAAGUCCAUAUCGAAAAAGAAUAUUUGGAGCUUGAACCAAUUGGUUUAGUGUUUGCUGUCUUCUUUGCUUUGAUUCUUGUUAUUCAAUUUGUGGCCAUGUUAUUUCACCGAUUUGGUACGUUGUCCCACAUCAUGGCGUCAAUAGAACUGUCGUGUUGGAACCAAAAGGUGGAUGAUAUCAGCGAUGAUGCAUUCAUAGACAAAAAUGCCGUUCAGAUAGCUAGACAGCUUCAACGACUGCGGGGCAUAGAUGAUGAUGAAUCGAUUUAUGGAGAUAGAUUAGCCAAGAGGAAGACAAUUCAGAACUUAGAAAAAAGAAAAAAUCAACGAGACAGAAUUGGUACAUUAGAUGUAGCAUUCAGAAAAAGAUUUAUGAAUCUUCAUGAUGGAGAAAAUGGACACAUUGCUACUCCGGUUCUGAAUGGUCUUAACAAGAUUGGUCGUAGUCGAGAAACGAUCCGUGCACUCGAACUACGGCGUAAUCACCUCCUUGGCAAUAAUAGUAGAAUGGAAACACUUGGUGCUAAGAAUGAUUUCAAUGCUCGAAAUAAAAAUGGUCGGCCAAAGAAUAACGAUUUAAGAAGAGUUUUUGCUAAGCCUAAUGGUGGUAUUGAUACCAGUUAUGGAAACAAAGCAUUUGAUCCUGAUGACAUAAGCUUACAAAUUUAUGAAACAAAAAAUAGUUUAACCGAAAGACGAAGACAAAGUCAUUUAUAAUUAUGAAACACUGUUUCAAAAUCGAAGAAAUAUUGCAUUACUAACAAACCACCGAAGCGAUUAAGUGAGAAAUUUUCUUUAAAUUUGAAAACAAAGUGCACUUAAAAUUCCUUGAAAAAAAGGUCACUUGAGUUCUGCAAUUUUUAAAAAAAACUUUUUUACAUAUAACUGUGCAAUAACGAACUUCUUGUUUUGUAUGUGAAAGUAUAUUUAUGUAAAUAACUUAAAACAUUCUAUAUGAACAUAUUCUUAUGUUCAGAGAUUUUAUGAAAUGUGAUUUUUUAAAGAUUUUAUGUUUCUAUAUUUUUAACCAUUGUCCUAGGGCCAAUAAAGAGUUUUCUAUCGA